ACCUGGACCUCCUUACAUUUACCUGACUGUUAUGACUUCAACCGAAAGAUCCAAUCCAGCUUUGGUGGAAAUGUCAACAUGUCCCAUCUGUUAUACGCUGGUACAACCCCCCAUAUACCAGUGUUCUAAUGGUCACAUUGUAUGUUACCAAUGCCGAGAACGAAUUACUCAAUGUCCCACUUGCAGAGAGACUCUUGGGUAUAUUCGAUGUUUAUUUGCAGAGCAAAUAGUUCAAACAUUGGAAGCUCCCUGUUCUAACCAACCUUUGGGUUGUCCGGAAAUUCUUCCAUCCAGUGUCAGAGAAGAACACGAAAGAAACUGUCGCUUCCGACCAAUUGUAUGUCCUGUUGACAAGGACCAAUGUACUUGGACAGGAGGGGCAACUAACCUCGAGUCCCAUCUCAUACAAGCUCAUCAUAUUCCUAUUGUAACCGGAAACACCUUAUUGUUCCUUGGGGUCGAUACUCAAAUUAAUGCCCCUGUCACUUGGGCCGCACUCUUAAAAUGUUUUAACCAUCAGUUCCUCAUAACCGUCAAAAAACAGAAUUUGUUUAGACCCAGCUAUACUUUCCAGACACAAAUAUUACCGCCCUUCACAACAACUUCUAAAUUUAAUUGCAUUAUCAAUUUUCGCCGAGGGGGAAUUCAUCUCCGUUGGACAUCUAUACACUUCGAACCCGAGUACCCUACUACCACUACUAUACCAGUUUUAGAACUCCUCGAAUCAACACUUCAGCUCUUUUGUGAUGGGAACAAUUUUAAAUGCACCCUCACAAUCUCUCAUUUAAAUAAUUAAUUUCACAGAUGGCCGAG